AUGGCGUCCAAUGGCUACUUCUCCAACCACUCUCAACAGGCUCGCGGCGCGUCUACCGUCGUCACGCCGGGGAGCGGUAGCCAGACGACCACCCUGAUUUCUCCUAUGGGGAUCGGACGGGGAAAGAUGGUACCUGCGCUUGCCAGUGUCGCGCGUCGGUCGGGCAGACUGUCGCUCUCCCUCGCUACCGACAAGUUCCCUGCAGACAAGCCCAGUACAACCAUUUCUACAGCGCCUUUGGGAGACAAGACGCCCCAUCCUCUUCGCAGCACCUGGGUUUUCUGGUUCCACCACCGCCCUCCCGGAAAUAAGGUGACGAACUACGAGGACGGAAUCCGCAAGAUUGCUAGCUUUGGUUCAGUUGAAUCAUUCUGGUCGAUCUGGACCCACCUGCAACUUCCAUCACGUCUGACUCCCACAACCGAUUACCUACUCUUCCAUUCCGGUGUCAAGCGCCCAGUCUGGGAAGACCCGUUGAAUAUCACGGGAGGAAAAUGGAUCAUCCGCUUGCGCAAGGGGUUCGCCGAUCGGAUGUGGGAAGAUCUCGUCAUUGCGGUCAUUGGAGAUCAGUUUGAUGACGAGGUCUGCGGAUGCGUGCUCAGCGUGAGGACGGGCGAGGAUAUUAUGAGUGUCUGGACAAGGGAUGGGAAUGACCAGCGCGCGAUUGAUGGGAUCAAAGCUACGAUCAUGAAGGUGCUUAAUCUUCCUGCCUCUACUAUUAUGGAAUACAAAUCAAAUAAUGACUCUCUCCAUGAUCGCGGCAACUUCCGCCAUCACCUGAGCACCCACCAACAUCAUAUUCACCACGACCGCACGUAG